AUGCAGUCUUACGAAGAUGAGAACCCUCCCACAGAGGAACAGGAGCAGGAGCAUAGCAACGAAAAGAUCAUCAAUGAAGAAUAUAAGACUUGGAAAAAGAAUGCGCCAUUUCUUUACGAUAUGAUCCUCAGCACAGCACUCGAAUGGCCCACUCUCACCACUCAGUGGCUGCCAGAUAAGCAAGAAGUGCCCGACAAGCCCUACUCCACGCACCGCCUUAUCAUCGGAACUCAUACCGCAGGCGAUGCUCAAAAUUAUCUUCAGAUCGCGCAUGUUCAGCUACCCAAUCUUGAUGCGCCCAAUCCUGAUGACUACGACGAAGAGAGGAGUGAGAUUGGUGGUUACGGUGGAGGUCCUAAGAAGCCUCAGGUGGAGAUCAAGUUUGAGAUCGCCCAGAAGAUUGAUCACCAAGGGGAGGUUAAUAAGGCUCGCUAUCAGCCUCAGAACCCUAAUAUCAUUGCGACGAUGUGCACAGAUGGUCGGGUGAUGAUCUGGGAUCGCUCAAAGCACCCCAGUAUUCCCACCGGAACUGUAAACCCUCAGAUGGAGCUUCUGGGCCACGAAGCUGAGGGAUUUGGGCUUAGCUGGAACCCUCACGAGGCCGGUCACCUUGCUACAGGUAGUGAGGAUAAGACAGUUCGUCUUUGGGACCUCACUACAUACACAAAGGGCAACAAGGCACUUCGGCCUACCCGCACCUACACACAUCACUCUUCGAUCGUUAAUGAUGUCCAGCAUCAUCCUCUCCACUCUUCUCUCAUUGGUUCAGUGUCCGACGACAUCACCCUCCAGAUUAUCGAUGUUCGUGCAGCCGAUACUACUCGGGCUGCUGCUUCUUCUGAGGGCCAGCAUCGUGAUGCCAUCAACUCCAUUUCAUUCAACCCGGCCGCAGAGACUAUUUUGGCCACUGGCUCGGCAGACAACACCAUUGGAAUUUGGGAUUUGCGUAAUCUGAAGACGAAGCUUCAUUCACUGGAGGGCCACUCGGAUUCAGUGCAGUCAAUUUCCUGGCAUCCCUUUGAGGAGUCUGUGCUGGCCAGUUCAGGCUACGACCGCAAGAUUUUGUUCUGGGACCUUAGCCGAGCUGGAGAGGAACAGACCCCCGAGGAUGCGCAGGACGGACCCCCGGAACUUCUCUUUAUGCAUGGUGGUCACACCAACCGUAUCUCUGACUUCAGCUGGAAUCUCAACGACCCCUGGGUUCUUUGCUCAGCUGCUGAGGAUAAUUUGUUGCAAGUGUGGAAAGUAGCUGAUGCAAUUGUGGGCAAGGAGUUGGAGGAUGUUCCAAUGGAGGAGCUGGAGGCAUGA